AUGAUAGGUCUAAAGCAACGGGAAAGCACAAAGAAGGACACAAGCAUCCAUGACGAACCGAGACGGAAUGCACCUGUGAUCCUUGAACGAGCUGCAUUGCACUAUGAUACGGCAAUUGAUUAUAGUGCUGACCAAUCAGUAACAAUUGGGGAAAUGAAAAUAAUUUGUAAAUAUUGUAAGGCGUUAAGAUACAUUCAUGAAUCUACUGGAUUAUGUUGUGCUGGAGGCAAAGUAAAAUUGCCACAAUUGCUCUCACCACCAGAUCCUUUACGAUCUUUAGUUUCUGGGAUUGGAAAUGUUUCUAAGCACUUCUUGGCCAACAUUCAGAAAUAUAACAGCUGUUUCCAGAUGAUAUCAUUUGGCGCUAUACAUAUUAUCCAGGACAAUUUCAUGCCCACUUUCAAGAUACAAGGACAAAUUUAUCACUUAUGGGGGACACUGUUACCAGUACCUGAUGCAGAUUAUCAAUUUUUACAAAUUUAUUUUAUGGGCAAUUCAGAUGCGGAAGUUGAUAAUCGUUGUGCUCACAAUCCAACAGUGAAGAGAACCAUUGUCCAUGAAUUACAAAUGUUUCUGCAUCAGAAUAACAAUUUAGUAAACAUGUUCAAAAUAGCAUAG